AUGAAAACCUAUUCCAAGAUCAUUGACCACAUUGAAAUUUGUAGUAUAAUAUUUUCAUUUUUACCAAAAUCAUUAAAACAUUUAAGUUUACCAAAUUUUAAUCGACCUUUUCCUACAAUUGAUGAAAAUUCAUUACCAUGGAAAAAUUUAGAGAGUUUAGAAUUUGGAGGUGGUGGUUGUGGUGAUGGUUUAAAAUUUUCCACAUCACAUCCUUUCACACAAUCUAUCUCAUUUCCAAAUUUAAAAUCAUUAAAAAUUAGUAUUUCAAAUUAUAAAUCAUUAUCAAUUAAUUUAUUUCCAAAGUUAGAAUCAAUCAUCUUUUUAGAAUCAAUAUCAUUUACAUUAUUUAAUAAACAAUAUGUUGAUUCUGAAUCAUUAUUUAAAAUCUUACCAAACUCUUUAACAUAUUUAGAACUUGAAUCUCUAAACCUAAAUAAGCCAUUAAAUGAUCCAACUUUGAUUUUCCCAUCAAACCUCUCCACUAUUUCAAUAACUAAUAGCCAAAAAUUUAAAAUAUUCCAUCCAAAUUUACCAUUACCACCCCAAUUAAAAAAAUUAUUAUAUAAUAAUAAUAUUUAUAAUAAAUAUAAUAACUAUCAUUAA